UAGUUGUAGUUUUAAUUUUUUGAGGAAUCACAUACUGUUUUCCAUGGUGGUUGUAGCAAUUUACAUUCCCACCUACUGCACACAGGGUUUUCAUUUCUCCACAUCCUCACCAACACUUGUUCUCUCUUGUCUUCUUGAUGAUAGCUAUGUAACAGGUGUGAGGUGAUACCUCAUUGUGGUUUUCAUUUGCAUUUUCCUGAUGAUUAGAGAUGUGGAGCACCUUUUCUUGUACUUGUUGGCCAUUUGUAUGUCUUCCUUGGAAUUCCUUGUAUUUAGAGAGAAGUGUAUUCUCAUUUUAAAUGUCAAGGCCAGUGGUUUGCUCUUGGGUUGCCAUGAGGGCAUCUGAUAGCUUGGAUUUUGCCUCUGGGCCAGAAUCAUUAGUCUUCUCUUAUGUGUAAUUACUUUUCCAACUCAGUCUCCUUUCUGACAAGAACGAGGAGUCUUCAUUAAAACUACUAAUUACAGAUAUUAAAGAAUGAAGCAGACAGUCCUCCAAAGAGCAAUCUGUAAAGGAGAGCAGUACCUACAUAAAAUGGAGGCUCUUAUUAAUCCAUAAAACUAUUAAUCACGGUGUCAUAUAAACCUGAUUUUAUCCUCAGGCUUUAUUAGAAUGCCUCUUUCACUUACCUUGUCUCCUUAUGGGACAGCUCCAGCACUUUAGGUUUGCAUCAAAAGCUAUUCUGGCCUUUUGUCCUCAGUUUUCUGUCCACUUAAAGCAAAGUGCCCUUUAGUGUUUCAUAGCUGCUUUCUAUGGAACUGCUAUGUAAGGGAUUAGUCUGCUAACUGACUUCCCUCACAGUUACCAGAUUAUUUCCGGUAACUGAAAUAAUCCCUUAGAGAUUUCAUAGAAUUUGAGAAUCUUUAGUUUUAAGUAGCCUUAAAGGUUCAAGCCCUGACUUUGAGAGCUUAGAGAAUUCUUUUUGUUGUUGUUGUUCUUGUUACUGAUUUAGAGAGAUGUGAUUUAAAUGAUUUUUCUGGAAUCUGUGCCUUCUCUUUACAAAUUAUAAAAAGGUUUUUCACCUAUUUUAUUGAACUCCAAGCACUUCCUCAUUCCAUGUGAACAAUACCUUAUUGAGAUCUUGUGUAUGUUGAAAUUCGAAUAUAAUCUGUCCCUUUGUGGCCACCAUCUCUGUAGCUAGCUCUAGUGUAGAAAUGAGAUUUACAAAAAGCUACUUUGUUCAGACUGGAAAUUUUAUGAAGUUCAGGACUUCAUAGAACAAAUCAUUUCAGUACACAUCCAAAUUGAGAAUUUGACUUGGUUUUAAAACAAAAAAUGUAAAGUGCUUUCAUGUGUGGUCAUAUGUAACAUUAUAUUCCUUUAUACAAUGUCUGUUUUUUCCCCUUUGUUUCCUGCAUUUGUAUGACAGCUUUUUGACUUAACCUUGAAAAUACUAGUUUCUGGAACCUCUAUAGAAACUCCCUCUGUUUCCAAAAUUAGAAUGGCAUUUCUCUCCCAGUUUGGCUCUAUAGAGUCUGUAGCUUUAAAAAAAAAAAAAAAGAGGGAAGGAAAAUGCUAGAUUUCUCUGUAGUCCUUUAUAUAUGUAACCUUCCUAGGAAUGUGCCUUCUUUGUUACUGAUAAUGACCAUUGUGUGCCUUUUAUACUGAAAAUAGGCAGCUCUUGGUAGAUAAUACCAGUGGUGACUGUGACAGCUCCUAGCUAUGUAGAUAUUCAGACAGUGUGUCUUGAUGAUACUGAUUUACAUCGAGUUGGGAAACUCUGCAGGAGUGAACCUGUAUCUAGGAUCCAGGAACAAUUACUUUGGAGAGAAAACCCCAGUGAGAGCUGUUGGCUUGGUCACUGAGCAGGACAGGCUCAAGUGCUGCUUUCCCUCAUGAUGUCAGAUUGCUAUUGGCUGUGGGAGAGAAAAAGAAGGUAGCAUUUUGCUCUGAAAUAGGCUAAUUAGGGAGAAUACAAGCUCCCUUCUAGGGUUCCCAUGGUGUGGUCACCAAAUGGGGAUAUCUUAAGAACUGCGGCUGGACAGGAGGGAGGGCCUGCUGAGGUGUGGUGGGCUAAGAUCCAGGUGCUGAACUGAACUCCCCCAGUAUUCUCAGUAAGAGCCCCCAGAGCGUGUCAUGCUAGCUUAUUCUCUUUAUGGUGAGAGAUUUGUCUUAUUCCCCAGGCCUGGGAUCAGGUUCUCUGCAUCUGACCAAAUCAGCAAUUAGAUGCCCAAGAGUGACCAAAAAAAUAAUAACUCAGUUUAACAAGUGCACCAGAGCUGAGGCAUCCAAAUGAGAGAGAGCCUGCGCCUUCCAAGUUGUCCCCCUGGGAGGCUGUGUACGUCUUCCAGCAAUGCUGCCAUUGCUCAAAAGAUGAAGAUGAAGAUGGUGAUCGAAUUACAGUGAGAAGUGAUGAAGAAAUGAAGGCAAUGCUGUCAUAUUAUUAUUCCACAGUAAUGGAACAGCAAGUAAAUGGACAGUUAAUAGAGCCUCUGCAGAUAUUUCCAAGAGCCUGCAAGCCUCCUGGGGAACGGAACAUACAUGGCCUGAAGGUGAAUACCCGGGCUGGAUCCUCUCAACACAGCAGCCCAGCAGUCUCAGAUUCACUUCCAAGCAAUAGCUUGAAGAAGUCUUCUGCUGAACUGAAAAAAAUAUUAGCCAAUGGCCAGAUGAAUGAACAAGACAUACGGUAUCGAGACACUCUUGGUCAUGGCAACGGAGGCACAGUCUACAAAGCAUAUCAUGUUCCAAGUGGGAAAAUAUUAGCUGUAAAGGUCAUACUACUAGAUAUUACACUGGAACUUCAGAAGCAAAUUAUGUCUGAAUUGGAAAUUCUUUAUAAGUGUGAUUCAUCAUAUAUCAUAGGGUUUUAUGGUGCAUUUUUUGUGGAAAACAGAAUUUCAAUAUGUACAGAAUUCAUGGAUGGGGGAUCUUUGGAUGUAUAUAGAAAAAUUCCAGAGCAUGUCCUUGGAAGAAUUGCAGUGGCAUUUGGGGCUGUUAAGAAUAAUGCUGGAGAUUUGAGAAAAUGGUGGAAGAGUAAGACGCGGAGAUCACCUUCCUCCCCACAGAUACAUCAGAAAUACAUCUACACGUGGAACUGCUCCUAUAGAACACCCACUGAACACUGGCAGAAGACAUCAAACCUCCCAAAAGAUGUGAAGCCCUCUAAUAUGCUAGUAAACACAAGAGGACAAGUCAAGCUGUGUGAUUUUGGAGUUAGCACUCAGCUGGUGAAUUCUAUAGCCAAGACGUAUGUUGGAACAAAUGCUUAUAUGGCGCCUGAAAGAAUUUCAGGGGAGCAAUAUGGAAUCCAUUCUGAUGUCUGGAGCUUAGGAAUCUCUUUUAUGGAGCUUGCUCUUGGGAGGUUUCCAUAUCCUCAGAUUCAGAAAAACCAGGGAUCUUUAAUGCCUCUCCAGCUUCUGCAGUGCAUUGUUGAUGAGGAUUCACCCGUCCUUCCGGUUGGAGAGUUCUCCGAGCCAUUUGUACAUUUCAUCACUCAGUGCAUGAGAAAACAACCAAAAGAAAGGCCAGCACCUGAGGAAUUGAUGCCAUCACACCGAAAGACGAACCUUGAACGUCCAGAUGCCUGGCCACCCAUUCAUCGUUCAGUUCAACGAUGGAAAUGCCACCGUGGUGUCCAUGUGGGUGUGCAGGGCACUGGAGGAGAGGCGGAGCCAGCAGGGCCCCCCCUGAGGUUGCAGUGUGAUGCUGAAAGCCCAGGACUGGUCACCAAGGGGAAAACGUGCCUAUCGUGCCCUUCGUUUGCUGUCCACGCCAGAAGAGCUUUGCUGGACUCACCUUCGACUCUGCUGGCAGAUGACCUUGCCUAGGAAGCCCUCAAGGGUGGCCAACCCCUGCAGGGCAAGCCCUCGCCCCCCCCCCGGGUCUGGAGGCCUGACUGGCAGGGAGGGUAGAGGGGUUGGGGCAUCGAGAAGAGAGGCCCCUACGCCCUUGCUGCUCUUCCUUUUUCCUGACGUUCUCCUUUGUAAAGGGUCAGGCCCCAUCAGUAUCGCUGAUGGGAAUAAAAGUAUUACUGCUUUGUGACUGCC